CUUCUUUCGUCAAAUCGUUUAUGUAUCAACUAAUCAAUUAAUGUUUGUCGUACGACCACUCCCCCAUGGAGCUUUAAAAGGCGAUUUGAGACUAUGCUUGAGCGUGCAAUCAAGAAUAAUCUGCAAAUUUGGACGAGGCUGUCGUUUUGCGCACAGUAAGACUGAACUGGACUCCUGGACGAAACUCUUCGAAGAGAGACUUAAAGAACGGAGAGAAAUAAGAAUACCAGACAACGAGCACUCCUUAAAGCAUCAUGAGCUUCAGUGUAAAGACUCCAUUCCAGGGGUUGAGCUCACAUGUAACCCCGUAGUCCCUAAUGUACAGCUCGCCGAGGACCGUGAUGACCAUUAUUACGAAUGGGAGUUUUGUGCUCGUUUUGAGGCAAAAUUAGGCCUUCCAGCCGUUGAACUACUGAAUUUUCGUUCAAACUUCCAUUUUACAAAGAUCAAAGUUGUGGGAUUUGAUAGGAAUAACAAAGCUACCACUAUUUUGUCCAAAGAGCUGAAAUCGUCGGUAUACAUACCAAAGGAGAAAGUUGUAUUGGAAUCCCAAAUGCAGAAAAUCGAAUUUCGUGUGAGCGUUGCCUUCCAAGCAUCAUUGUUUGGCAGCUUUUCUCAGCGUCUUCUGUUUAAUUUUGGUCAGCAACCUUUUCUUAAGAAAGAUUUUAACAUCGAUAUUGGCA